AUGAUUUCUGUGAAGAAUCUCUACAACGGACAAUGUUUUGUGCUACUGAUAGUCGGAUCCGAAAAUAUUAGAACCAUGAGACUCUUCAGAUGUUCUAAAGAUUGGGAUGGGGUUCUGAAACUUGUAAUGAAUAACAUCAACGGAUUGAAUGAGGUGCAUCUGGAGAGAUUUCAAGUAACCGAUGUUGGCCUUGCAUCCCUUUCCAAUUGUGUAAAUCUUGAAAUCCUUCACCUCAUAAAAACACUUGAAUGUACUAAUUUGGGGCUAGCAUCUAUGGCUGAGAAGUGUAAGCUUAUGAGGAAGCUUUCUAUCGACCGGUGGAAAAAAACAGGAUUGACGAUGAAGGUUUGA